AUGGCAACUUCUUGGGGAUUUACACUUAUUCUGUGCAUGCUGCUGAUGGCGUGUGGAAGCUUGAGCCUGGCUAGUGAAGAACCCCGAAAUUCUCAAACAGACAAUGGGACGGGCUCAAACUCUAACACAACUGAAGAGGGUGGUCAUGGAGCGGUGCCCAUCACUACACUGCCUAUUGUGACCUGGAAGUGGCAUCACAUCACCACACAGUACCUGGUGGCCCUGUGGAUCCUGGUUGCCUGGCUCUGCAAACUCAUCAUUGAGUCCAACCACCAUGUCACCAACGUCAUACCCGAGAGCGUCCUGCUCAUCUGCUUCGGUUUCGUUUUGGGUGGCAUGAUUUGGGGUGCAGACAAGAUGCAGACCUUCUCACUGACCCCGACAGUCUUCUUCUAUUUCCUGUUGCCUCAAGUCAUUCUGGACGCAGGCUACCACAUGCCAAACAAACUGUUCUUCACCAACCUGGGUGCCAUCUUGGUCUAUGCUGUCAUUGGGACCUGCUGGAAUGCUGCCAGUUUGGGGCUGUCGCUGUGGGGGUGUCACAUGGGAGGACUCAUGGGUGACCUGGACAUCAGUCUGCUGCAGUACCUUCUUUUUGGCAGUCUGAUGGCUGCUGUGGACCCCGUGGCCGUCAUCGCUGUGUUUGAGCAGGUCCACGUUAACGACGUCCUCUUUAUCAUAGUGUUUGGAGAGUCGCUGCUCAACGAUGGUGUAACAGUGGUGCUCUUCAAUGUGUUUGAUGCAUUUGUGUCACUGGGAGCAUCCCAAAUUGGUGUGUUUUUCCUCACCUGGAUCCUUAACAGGUACAGGCUGGUCCCGCUGGAAUUCAUAGAUCAGGUGAUCAUGAGCUACGGUGGCCUACGAGGGGCUGUUGCGUAUGGCCUGGCUGUGAUGCUGGAUGAAAACAAGAUAAAAGAGAAAAACCUGAUGGUCUGCACUACACUCAUUGUGGUUUACUUCACUGUCAUCUGGCAGGGAAUGACGAUGAAACCUCUGGUCACGUGGCUGAAAGUAAAGAGAGCUGAAGUGAAAGAGCUCACACUCCUAGAAAAAAUGACAAACAAGAUGUUUAAUCACACUCUGGUCGCCAUAGAAGACAUAUCAGGACAAAUAGGACACAACUGUCAGAGGAGCAAGUGGAAGUAUUUUGAGGAGAAGUGGAUGUCGAGGAUUUUGAUGAAGCCAUCUGCAAGGAAGAAACAAGAUGAAGUUUUUAAUGUCUUCCAUCAGCUGAACCUCAAGGAUGCCAUGGAAUACGUGGCUGAAGGCGAGCGUAGAGGCUCACUGGAAUUUAUCCGUAAAGAAAGUGUCGCUAUUGAUUUCAGGAAAAAGUUUGAAAGUGAACACUCAGAGGACAUGCCUGGCAUGAGGGCGAACAUGUCAAAUGGUCACUGUGCAAAGCCCACUACGAGAGACCCUUUUCCAUCAGUAAGCGUGGAAAUGCACGAGCACGCCAUGAAGGCUAUGAACGAAGCUGAGGCAGCUAACGCUCACAACCUUCUGGAUCAGCAUCUUUACAAGAGCAGGAAGCAGCAUCGCCACAGGUUCAGUCGCAGCAAAUUCAUAAUCAACAAAGAUGAGAAAGAAGUCCAGGAGAUCUUCAAGAGAACCAUGAAGAACCGAAUGGAGUCAAAGACGGGCGUUUCACCAAAGACAGUCAUCAAGCACACAAAGAAGGAACACCAGCAGAAGAUUCCAAAAGGAAAGUCGAUAAGCCAGACUAAACUCUCCUAUUCUGGUGAUGAAGAUUUUGGGUUCUCAGAGGGAGAUAGCGCCUCUGGCUAUGACUCGUCAUACCCUUCUUCCCCCAUGAGAGAUUCCAAACCAGGAGGUGGGAUUGACAACUCAGCCUUUGUGCCAGAUUUGUACCCCACGGAUUCAUUGCCGAUCCCUCCUUGGCUGGCAGAGGGUGAGCUCGACAGCAGCAUGGUGGCUCCGUCACUGCGAGCCCAGGCGAGCCCGCCCACAUCACCGAUGGAAAUGCGCCACCUGGGGCUUCUUCGUAUCAGCACUCGCUCUACUGACACAAAGCAGAUGAACAAUGAUCAAUUGCCACUGCCACCAACACCUCCUCCUCCUCCACCUCCUAGUAGCCACAUGUAA